CACGGCUGCUCCAUAAAAGGUUAACGAACUUUGACACCGCCACAGACUGCGAUUAAUAGCGCAGAGCGAACAAUGACGACUGACACUUCCCGGCACUGAGGAUCUAAGGCACCAGCGAGGCGAAUCUCUACAUAAGAAAAAAAUGCAGAAGAGCGGUCCCCACAGCGACUAUGAUAAUCUACCGAUGAGUUAUGUACAAGCAGGUCAAAACCCAGCCUACCCUCCACAGGCACCACCAUACUCCUCCACCUACAUGCCAGCUGCACCACCAUACAGUGAACAAAACCCCUCACUGGUGGGUGCGCCAGGUUAUAGCGCCUACCCUCCUCCUCCUGACCAGCCUCAUCAUGGUUUCCUUGGUGAAGGUGGUCCCAAACCAGAUGUAGAAAUGCCACCGGAGUACACGGCUGGGAUUGAGGAUAUCAACCCAUUCUCUGAACGUGCAGUCAGAAGAGCCUUUAUCCGAAAGGUCUACAUCACACUGACCAUCCAGCUGGUGAUAACUUUUGGACUCGUGUUCAUGUUUACAUUUUGGCAAACACUGAGGCAGUGGACAUGGCAAAAUCCUUAUCUUGCAUACGCACUUCUACCUAGUACUUUCAUUCUGAUUAUGGUGCUUGCUUGCUGUAACCAGGCUCGUCGGAGAGUUCCAUUAAACUUCAUACUCCUUGGAAUCUUUACUGUGUUUGAAGGCUGUUUGCUGGGAUCGCUUGCAGCGUUCUUUGAUGCUGAUGCCGUGAUGUGGGCCACCGGAGCCACCAUACUUGUCACGUUGGGUCUGACUAUUUUUGCUUUGCAAACAAAGUGGGACUUCACCAUCCUGUCAGGUGGCCUUAUGGUUGCUCUUUUGGUUUUGCUGUCUUUUGGCAUAUUAGCUGCCAUUUUCAGGUCAUUGUGGCUAAAUAUUGUCUAUGCAUGCAUUGGGACCUUCAUUUUUGGAAUGUACUUGGUUGUGGACACGCAGUUAAUCACAGGUGGAAAGCACCGUUACUCAAUCAGCCCCGAGGAAUACAUCUUUGCUGCUCUGAACAUUUAUGUGGACAUCAUCAACCUCUUCAUGCUCCUCCUGCAGAUAUUUGGGUUGUGUCGUUAAUUACUUUCAGAGGUUUACCUUAUCUUACAGCAUGAUUACUAGAUAAAGACGAAAGAAGGGGCAUGUACGGUGCCCAUUACUGUACCCCACAGUCUCCAAUGACACAAAUACAGAUGUAAUAAGGACAAUCUACUGCAUACAUUCCUUAUAUUAAUUCGUUGGACUUAUUGUUCUGUUAUUAAACUUGUAGAUUAUUUAUUUUUUUAUUGAGAUUGUAACUGUUUUUUUUGAAUAUCCUUUGUAAAACUUAAUUUGUGUAGCAAUUAUACAUUUUGUUCCAAAUGGUUGCACACAACAUUCUUGUGUUUGCUUUUUAAGAUGGGUCUAGUCUUUUUUAAAACUGCUCUCUGUAUCUGCCAUUACUACCUCUAGAAUGAAUGCAUUCUCCAA